AUGCGCUCAAGUUUUCGUCGUCUCGCUGCAGAUCAUGCUGGUCUUCACGAGAGCCUCCCUCCAAACUUCCUGUUGCCUCCCGAAGACACCUCAUCCGAUGACCUAACCCAGCUCACUGCCCUGCUGGCUGGACCGCAGGGCACACCCUAUUCGCAGGGUCUAUGGCGACUGCACCUGAAAAUGCCCGAGGAUUAUCCCAAGAGCCCGCCCAAGGCGACCUUCAAGACACGCAUCUGGCAUCCAAACGUCGAGGAGUCGACAGGGGCGGUGUGUGUCGAUACACUGAAACGGGAUUGGAAAUCGACGUUGACGCUCAAGGAUGUAUUGGUGGUGGAACAGACCAUCUCCUGCCUUCUUAUCUAUCCCAACCCUGAUUCCGCCCUGAACUCGACAGCCGGCGCUCUCCUGCAAGAAGACUACAAUGCCUUCGCUCGUCAAGCGAAGCUUAUGACUUCCAUCCACGCCCCGGUCCCUACAGACCUGAAAACUGCAGUCCUCGAAGCGAAAUCCCGCGGCGAAGAAGCUGGAACCCUCAUCCCAGAGCACGAGGACACGCGCUGUUUGCGCUCGCGCAAAGGCACCCGAGUCCAGUCCCUCACCAUGAAGAAGAAGACCACCACAUCGCACCCUGAUGUCGAAGCCGCACGCCCAUCCUCAAGUCACACCCCACGACCCAUCGCCCAAGAACACCCAGCCACAGACGACGACGAUGAAAACGAUCACGAAAACGACCAACUCCCCCCUUCGACCAAAGAAAACAACCCAUCCCUCUCCCCCUCCCCCGUCAAACUCGCCCCGCCCAGCCCCCGCAAAAACGCCCACGGCAAACGCCCCCUCUCCGUCCUCACCAUGACCCCCGACACAGGUACAGACGCAGACAUAGACACAAUCCCAGCCUCCCCACACCCCCACCUGGACUCCCCAGAAUCCCACCACCGGGAGAACCCCAAAAUGACCGCCUCGGAAAAGAACAUCGCCGCAAAUCACCCCCGCUCCGCGCACGACCCCGACCCCUCCCCGCAGCGCAAAUCCCCCAAACUCUCCCUUCUCAACAAGGGCGUCAACGCCUCCGGCCGCAUCCGCGACGACGUCCUCAAGAUCUUCGAGGACGAGCCCGCCCAGGACCUGCUCAACGCGCGCGACCCCGGGAAGGAGAAUCACACCUCGUCAUUCGCAGGCUCCAAGGGACCCGGCCAUCCCACCAGGAAGGCCACGCCGCACUACCCGUCUGCGCUUCUUGCGCCUACGACGGCCGUGUCCGGUCCGCCGGGCUCGAGUGCACGCGCUGUCUCCGGUUCGCGCAAGGUCUCGUCGUCGAGUAUGAAGAAGGCGAAGCCGCGCAUCGGCAUUCGUCGGUUAUAA